AUGUACAACUUCAACUCCUUCUGUGAACCAAGAGAUCUAAACGUGUCCAAUUGUAGCAGAUUAGUACCAAUGUACAUGCAAACCAGAUUGCAGAAACUAGAGAAGUUAAAUGUGAGAAAUUGCAAUUUACUGGAAGAGAUUUUUGAAUUCAGAGAGUUGCCUGUCAAUGAAGGGCAUGCUGUAGCAACUUCACAGUCAAGGGAAACACCUUCAACUUCCCAGUCUGAAGGAAGGCAAAUAAGCAAGAUGGAUUCGCCGCAAUCUCAAGGAUUUCAGAAUCUAACAUCAUUAUAUGUCUCUGACUGUAACAAUUUGAGAAAUCUGCUCUCUCCUUCCAUUAUCAGAGGUCUCGAGAACCCAAAAAAUCUAUCUAUAAGCAAGUGCCUGAAGAUAGAAGAAAUAGUCACUACAGAGGUGGUAGAAACAGAGGAUAACGGCAUGCUCCCUCAGCUAAGUUGCUUGGAACUUAGUGAGCUACCGUAUCUCACAAGUUUUUCUCAUGGAAAAUAUGCUUUCAAAUGGCCAUUAGUGGAAAUGAUCAUUGUGGACGAAUGUCCUGAAAUGAAGAAUUUUUGUUUAUGA